AUGUGCCGGCUGGCCGCCUGCUGCCUGCUUCUCCUGGCAUGCCUGCCGCCGCGCCUCUCCCUCCCCGCCCCGCGCUCCGGGGCCGCGGCCCUGCGGCUCUCAGCGGCCGAUGGUGGUGGGUCGGCGCGGGGCCAGCUGGACAGCGCGUCCCUGUCCCUCCCGCGCGGGCUGCGGGCGACGCCCGGGGCAGAGGCGGCCGAGGGGCUCAGGAGAGCAGGUCCCGGCACCAAUGUGUAUGACCCGAGAGGACACGCGAGAACGGCUUCCUCUGGACAAGGCACCGACGCUGUACUGAAUCGCCUUUUGGCCCGAAUCAGGGAGCAGCAGGGGAAGCGGGGGCACCCCUCCGAGUGCUUCUGGAAAUACUGCGUGUGA